UUUUGUUUGUAGUGAUAGCAUUGCUUUUUCACGUGUGAUCUGAACACUCAGAAGUCAGUAAUGUCUGUCUGAAACGAGUGGUCAAGGUGGGGCUGAACCUCGAAGCUUAAACCUCUUUUGCUUUUCUGGGUUUUCGUCAAAUUUGAUGUCGGAAACAAAAGUUCAGUCCGUAAACGAUUCGCAUUCAGAAAACAUUUCGGAUACCCCUGCCCAAUACAAAUGAAAUCUUGCCGGCGGCAUAGGGAAGAGACAUGGGGCGGUAACGCUAAACCAAGCUGCCGGCCCCAAAGCGACCGGCCCCUCAAAGUGCCGUGAAAUCUCCGCCAGGCUAAGCGCUGACGGACAUUACCCAGAAUUCAACCCUGGCUUGACGUCUGUGUGCGGUUAGGUGCGAGGCGAAUGCAGCUCAUGCAGACGGGAGGCAUUGAGAGGCAUUAUCUUGCAGUGCGAGAGUCUGCUUCCGCCUGUACUGCAGCGCCCCCCCCCCCCCCCCCUUUCUUAUUCUUCCUUCCAGAGACUAAGGUUUACGUGGGUAACCUCGGGACAGGUGCUGGGAAAGGAGAGCUAGAGCGGGCGUUCGGUUAUUAUGGCCCGUUGAGAACGGUGUGGAUUGCUAGGAAUCCCCCCGGGUUUGCCUUUGUGGAGUUCGAGGACCCCAGAGACGCGGAGGACGCUGUCCGAGGACUGGAUGGCAAGGUAGUUUGUGGCUCCCGAGUAAGAGUUGAGUUGUCUACAGGAAUGCCCCGGAGGUCCCGCUACGACCGCCCGCCCACCCGCCGGCCCUUCGACCCCAACGACCGGUGCUACGAGUGUGGUGAGAAGGGGCAUUAUGCCUACGACUGCCACCGCUACAGCAGACGCCGGAGGAGCCGGUCCCGCUCUAGAUCGCAUUCCCGUUCCCGGGGGAGACGCUAUUCCCGCUCCCGCAGCCGGAGCAGAAGCCGGAGGUCCAGAUCCUUUUCUCCGCGCCGGUCUCGCUCCAACACCCCGAGGAGGUCCAGGUCCGUGACCCCUAAGCGGUCCAGGUCCGUGACCCCUAAGCGGUCCAGGUCUAGAUCCAGGUCUAGGUCCCGGUCCCGGUCAGUUUCCCGCCCCAGGAGCAGGUCUGGCUCUGUUGGCAGAUCCAAGUCCGGUACUCCUACGCGGAGCCGGUCAAAAUCUAGAUCUUCACCUCAGAAACAAAGCCGGUCCCCUUCAGGAACUCCUCGUAGGAGUGUGAGCCCAGACAGAGAUGACUAAAUCUUUUCUUUUUUUUUUUUUUUUUUCUUUUUUUUUUUAAAUAAAUUUUUUUUUUUUUAAUAUAAUUUUGUUUUGAAACACCUCUUUUAGAAACAAAGUUUUGUGUUUACACAUCUGUACGAGAUUCUCAUGUCACGAUGUCUGAGAUUCUGUUUUCGAGUGUCGGCUUGUGUUUUCCUCAGUUCAUAUCUCUGUGUUAUCGGGGGUUUAGUUUCCUCUCCCUGUCAUUCAAAACAAAACAAUAAAUAAAAAAAGACAUAGGAACAAAAAGGAACCCAGUCUGAGAGAGAACUUUUUGUUCGGUAUUGCAGUUGUCAUUUAUAAAAGAGAUUUGUUGUUUUUUUUGUGGUGCUGUAGAAACCAUAUGCCGAUGGAGUGGUCGUUUUGUAUGGGCACAUUAAAUUAAAGAUUUGACUUGUAGCUAAA